GAUGGUUGCUUGUCUUGCAAUCGAAACGUCGUAUUCUAUUUUCAACUAUAGUCUAUGCCAGACUUUAAUUUCAUUGUAUGACAAUUUUGUUUGCCCAAAUUGUCACUUUCAAAUAUCCUUAUUCAAAUUACAAACUUGCCUAAUCAAUACAUAGUUGGACAAAGAAAAGGACAUAUAUAUAUAAUACAUGGUGAUCGUUGUAUCUAACGUGUUGUAUGCUACUUUUGUAACUUAAGUUAAUCACGUAAGUAUCCCUUGAAAUUCGUCUGUGUCAUGUUUAUUUGACAUUGCAGUUCCUCCACAAGUCAAUGUCACCAUCGUCGUCAACAGCCCUACAGCCAUGACAGUCUCAUGGGUGGCUCCUAUUUCAGAUGUUGACUACUACAUAGUCUACUUAAAUGAAACUUACAACGCACAAGUAGCAUAUCCCUACAAUUUUUCCUCCAAUGUUACAACGCAGCUCUUUAUUGGGGUUGUUCCUGGUAGAAGUUACCAGAUAUCUGUAACAGCGUACAGUGGCGUCAACUCCCAACCGUCAGCCAUCGUUACUCAAAGGAGCUUUCCUCCACAAGUCAAUGUCACCAUCACCGUCACCAGCCCUACAGCCAUGAUGGUCUCAUGGGUGGCUCCAACUUCAGACGUUGACUACUACGUGGUCUAUUUAAAUGAAACUUACAACCCAACAGCAGUGAAGCUCUUCAAUGUGUCCACACUUAAAACAAAAGAAUUUACUGAUCUGGUUCCUGGUAGAAGUUAUGAUGCUUCUGUAACGGCUUAUAGUGGCAUCUACUACCAACCAUCCGCUAUCAUUACCAGAACGACCUUGUCAAGUUACAUCGUUUUAACCAUCACCAACAAGACUACCACGACCAUGACAGUCUCAGGAACGACUUAUCUCCCAGACUCGUUCUCCUACUGGGCCUACUUGAGAGAGACUGACAGUGGAAACUUGGUUACAACAUUCCCGAUUUACUCAAACUCGUCAACAUUUACUGGCCUGGUUCCUGGAAUGAACUACUCCGUGUCUGUGCAGGCUUCCGAUGGGUCUGUCUCAUAUUGGGCAUAUAUAAUGGACAGAACUUAUCCAGCAUCUGUCAGAGACUUUUCUUGCUUUCCGUAUUCCACGGAGAAUAUUUCCUGCAGUUGGUCUCUCCCCGACGGUGUAUGGAGCAUGCUGUACCUGGAAGUGAUCAACGGCAAUGAUCUAUUGCAGUCCGUAGGCAUCUUCAACAAUAGCCUCGAAGUCUAUACCAUGUAUUCUUUGAAUGAAAUAAUUACGGAGCCUCGGGGAAAUGGAAGAACAAAUUUAACAUUUGCCAUGCUUGGACGUCUGGAGCGGAACACUGAAUACUUGGUCAAUAUCACCACCUAUUCAGGAAAAUUGUUCAGUAAAACUCUACAAGGAAAAGCAAAGACCGUAAGCGCUCCUCCACCCGUUUCGGAGACGGUGUACAUCACGACGGUGCAGAACCAGGUGACACCGAGCAGCCUAACCAUCUCCUUCAGCUGCAGCUGGUUCCAGAACACAAACGGCGACCUCAAGUACUACACGGUCAUCGUCAAGCAGUCCAAGGGUACCAGCAGCGAGAGUCCAGAGAAGAGGUGGCCUCUGAGCACGUACUCAGAAUAUGCGAGUGGAAGCACGAACGUGUACCAGGUGGACGAUCGUGUUUACCCCUCCGAGUGCUCCAACCCCAACUCCGUCGUCAGUGUCCAAAUUGGUACCGGCAGAACGAGCAGCAGCUUCUCCAAUGGCCCCUUAAAGCAAAACACUGCCUACAGAAUCAGUUUCCGUGUCUACACGUACCUCCCAAACGUACGCUCUGUCCGCGCUGGAGGGGUAGCCAUCUUCACGGACACACGCUUCUCUCUACCACUCAUGACAUUAUUGAGUGUCAUCGGAAGCUCGGGAAGCAUCGUUGGCCCUGUGGUGGGAGGUGUGGUGGGAGGUGUGCUGGGAGCAUUGGUGAUCAUUGUUGGAGGGGUCUUACUCUACGUACGCCGGGAGCGGCUGAACUGUUUCAAGAGACCUGAUUCCACACAGCAAACUAGAAGAAAAUGGGAUGAACUCCCGGCUAUACCAAGUGGCAUGAAAAAGGAUGUUGGUGAUGCAAGUCAUAAGGCCGACAAUGAAUACAUGAAUUCUGACGACUCAGUUUAUGAAGAUCUGGAUAAUGGUAAACCCCAAGAGGACCACCACUCAGGUGCACCGUCGAAGACAGGAGAUGAUGCCAAGACCGUGGACAGUUCUGAUCCCACCUAUCUCGCCCCCGACAAUGCAUACGUCAUUGUGAAAUAGCCAUUCAAGUCACUCUCCACCUCCUCCUGUUCGAUAUAUAAAACAGAUCCUCUAUUGAGUUUAAAAGCAUGAACCAGACCUUUCCUGUGCUGGGUUCAUGUCAAGGUCAAUUUAACCUCGUACUCAAGGUUAAUUCAUUCGUACCAGGCACACAUGUAUCAGGUGUGAGUUUGUUAUGCCACCAGCAGGCAGACAUUGCACGUAUUCGAGAACAAAUAUUUCUCUUGCAAAAAAUGUUCUGCCUUUUUGCAGCUGUGCCUGUAGAUCUGUGAGUGUAUGGGGUAUCUGUACUAGUCUAAGGGUACCGAUGCAAGUGUAAUGGUCUCAGUGGAAAUCUAUACGUGAUUUCUUCGAAUGGUUGAUGUAGGUAUAGAGUAACAACUAUAAUUUUACGUGGAAGUGGUUUAGCCAGAUUGUGUCAGAUGUAGUGGAUUGUACUGGUCUGAUGAUGCCUCCCCCCUUCGUAUUUGUGAAUUGGGCAUUGAAGAGUCAUACCUUCUGUGGUCUACUCUGGGUGACCACAGGCACACUCUACAGGAGAGUUUUCAUUUUAAAAUGUGCUUUAAGUAACCGCAUCUGCCAUGGUUCGUAUGGAUUCGAUUUGGGGGUUGUGCCCAUAAUUUUCGUGGAAGAUUAAAGCCAUGGAUCGUCUCCGUCGGGUCUUGAUUCUGGGUUAAUGUGUUAUAAUGUAUUAUAAAUAUAACACAUUGGGCGAUAUAAAUAUAUAUAUUACUUACCUACAUAGUCUAUACAGGAGUUAAUCUAUAGAGCAUGUUAAUCUGUUGUUAUUCUUUGUUAAGAUGAUCGGUUUCAUGUCAGACUCAUUUGUGGCUACGUGGUGACGACUGAGUAAUGGACACGCAGGUUGUGAGGAUCAGUAAUAAUUAUCAAACUUGCAAGUAAUCGAUCAUUUUUCACAAUCACGAGAAAUGAUGAAGCCAAAUCCUCUGCAAAUUUCGCGUUAAAAUGUAUACAUUUUACCCAUUGGAUGUGUAAUGGUACUCUUAUAACAUCAAUGGCGCGCCACGGUGGGGAGAUAUUAACUACCUUGCCUGGUAUACAGGAGGUCGUGGGCUCGAUCCCGACCCUAACGUGUGUUGUAUAUUUGCAGCUUGCGUGUUUUCUCCGUGGUCACGUGGAUUUUUCUCCGAGUCCUCCGAUUUUGCCCUCCACAUUUAGAAUCUACAUCACACAUUUAGAGUAUUUGCCUGCUAUAAAUGUCCACAUGAUAAGCCAUUACGUUGAGCAAUCAUUUGUGAUAACCAGAUCGCUUCUUAAAAAUAACUAUUUCGCUCAGUAGGCCUUGUCUGGUCAAAUAAAAUAGUUUUGUUUAAGGAUCACCAUGUAUUUACUUGUAUUUACCAUAAAAUUAAUAUGUAUCUAUAUAAUACAGUUGGUUUAAAUUUAACCUGUAGGUUUAGUUCUAUAAAAUGUUAUAGUAAAGGGAAGUAAAUGAAACACCUUAAUUUUAUAUGCAUGAAUUUUUCCAUUAAAAUUGUGACUUAAUGUCUGAAUUCUAUACUUCUUUAUGACGGGUAUUUGGCUAUAAUCAGGAGCAUCUGCUUUCAUGUCCUCAAACUUAAUUGACAUCCGCAUCAAUUUCCUUUUUGUGAGUUUUAGCUGCUAUCAAAUUGUUGUUAAUCAGAAAAUUCACUCUACGAGUCCGUUAUAAACAGUACAUGAGACGUAGUUUGAUGUAAUCUUAGAAAUACAGGAAACCCUCUCCUCUACACAUUUUUUUAAAUGAAAAAAUUAUCGUGAAAAUAAUAUUUAAACACUCGACAAUGUUAAUAACAUUUUACAUUUGCAAUACUUCCUGUUUAAUGCUUGGGUUGAUGUAGGGUAACAUGAGAGGAAAGGAGUGAUUGUCGUAUUACAUAAUCGGAAACUCUAUACGACAGGAGGAAACCGAUAAGGUAUAAGGCUCUUUUUCACAGACGUCCAAUAGGGGGCGGGUAAGAACGUUAUAACAAGCAAUGCAAAAACACGAUAGGAGUGGAAAGUAUAGGAAAGAUAAACAGAACUUUGAACCAAACUCCAAUAGUCCCAUAUACGAGCUUGCAGAUUGCCGUUCUAUUCAAGACUGUAAUCCCCCCCCCCCCCCCCCCCCCACAUUGGGCAAAGGAUUUUUUUGUAAGCAGACGGGUUUUCUCAUCAGGCGAUGUCAUUUGACGCGCGAGUUUCCACAUGGUGCAACUCAUUGCUCGAAUGUUUCAAAGCAGUCAUCUGUUAUUAUUUUACGACUACCUCCAUGGAAUAAACAGUGCUCGUUAUUCUUGAACCAACUUCAAAUAAAGUGUAUAACCUACCGCAAAA